AGCUGGAGAGUAGUCGGUGUUGUCGGGUCUGGCUGGUUUGAUGAGUUGAUGGAACAAGUGGAGAAUAGAUGAGUCCUGUUUGAUCAGUGAACUAUGGAAAUGUUUGUUGAAGACUCAAGCCUGGAGCGCUGGGAGGUGAUUGGCUCUGGGGGUUUCGGACAAAUCUACAAAGCCAGGCACUGUCGGUGGGCCUGUGAUGUGGCCAUUAAACUGCUUCGUCAUGAUGACGGGACCAAUGAGUCUUUGCUGCGUGAGAUCGACAUGAUGCGUCAGGCGAGCAGCCCGCACGUUAUUCACGUCCGAGGGGUCUUCAAGGGUCGACCGCCCCACUCUGGCCCAUCAACGCAGCUUGGCGUGGUCAUGGAGCUCAUGGAGAGAGGAUCACUGGCCAACCUACAGGAGGCCUUGAGUCAAACUCCACCACCCUGGCCACUGGCCUUCAGACUGGCUCACCAAGUGGCUCUGGGUAUUAACUGCCUCCACAGUCUGCCCCGUCCCGUGCUCCACCUGGACCUGAAGCCCCCCAACGUGCUGCUGGACGACACUCUCAAUGCCAAGCUUACAGAUUUUGGCCUUGCCCGGAUUUCCUGCAGCGUCUCACGGGUUUCCAAGAAGGAUGAUGAAGUGGGAGGGGGGACGGUCAACUACAUGCCACCAGAGGCGUUUGAAUUAUCAUACAAACCCAACCGAGCCUCUGAUAUCUACAGUUAUGGUAUACUCAUAUGGUCUAUUCUCACAGGGAAACAGCCAUAUGAAAAUGCGAAACCCACCAGAGUGCAACUUCUCAUCCCAUUGGAACACCGUCCACUGCUGGACGAUAUCAGGGGCCAGGCUGCGGGGUUGGCAGAGUUGACAGGACUGAUGAAGAGAUGCUGGGACAAUAUACCCAAACGAAGGCCCCCUGCCCUUGGUGUGGAAACUUCUUCACUUACUAAAACUGCACUGACACAGAAUUAUAAUAGCUUGAGAUGCCUGGCUCUAAUGUCACACCUUUACUCUAUGUUGUGGACAACAGAGUGUACAACUGAGACAGAAGAACUGUAUAAGAUGUACAAACAUGCAAUUAAUGACGCUGUCCAUGAAGUGCUGAAGAAACUGGACCAAAAGGAAGAAGCAAUGAGCCCUGCCAAGAGAUUAACGAUUUGCCAAUCAGCUGGGCUCUCUGGCCAAUCACAACUAAGUUAGUCAAACUUGUGUUUUGUGUCAUAGGCUCCACUGAGCCCACUGCAUCGCUCCUGUUGCGGCCAGGGUUUACGCUUAAGUGCUUUUUUUAUGGCCAAUGUACUGUGGCCAAAACGGUUCAACAGAAAUGUAAACUGUACAACACAAAUACAAAAGCUACAACAUGAAUGCAAAAGCCACAAUACAAAUGCAAAAGCUACAGCAGAAAUUAGCUUGAACGGAAGUGACCGUCUACGCAGCAGCGUCAGCUCAGUUUUCAGAAUUUGUUUUGAAAAUUAUGGGGGUUCUUUGGCCACUGUCCCAUGUCACAUGUCCACUUGUGUAACAUUUCACGUUUUCAUGUGCAUUCAUGAGGCAUGUUGAAUAGAUCUCUUGAAUAUUACUGACAUUGACA